CGUCAGUUGUAUAUUGUCCGUCGGCCCGCACGUAUCGUAGCGCUACGAUUUUCGAACGACUUUGUGUGUGCGCAUCGCCGAUUACACUGUUGACUGAUCUUCAGUAAUUUGGUAUUCUGUAGGUGGUUGGCUUUGCUUACUGUAUGGUGACGUUGUGGAUCGUUUACCGUAACGUUCAAUUUGAAAAUUAUAAACAGUUUUGUUAAACCCAGUUCGAAAUCUCCCGCGUUUUUCACAGGAUGAUCCGCGUUAUCAAGAGAACAACGCAGUAGAUACCGUUCAGCUCUAUGAAGCCGAUGAAACUGGCACUCCAGUGUACUUACCUAACUCAAGCCAACUAAUAAGACGGGAAGGAACAGGAUAAGUUUGGGAGGGGGCGCUUACCCCGACGGAGACGAUAGACCUGCUUUGGCAAUGAUAGAAACGUACGGAUGGAGUAGAUAUUUUGUUCGCAAUAAUAAAAGACACCGUUCCCGUCGUCAGGGAUUCGAACUCCAUCAUGGACGGCUUCACGACCAAUAACAACAUGAACAACAACAGUUUGGGUUUCGAGAUGGACACAAUAGACAACAACAACGACACGAGCGCAGCGGCACCGGAGGAUCCCAUUUCCCAGAAGGUGCCGCUGGACACCUUCAUAGGUCUGACCCUCGCAUUCCUCUCCUGCUUCUUCAUAGGAAUCUCGGUCAUCUACAAGAAGCUCGCCCUCAAGGACAUUGAGGCUCGAGGCGAAACGAGAGCUGUCGAUGGAGGCUAUGGGUAUCUGCGAGUUCCCAAGUGGUGGCUUGGAAUUACCUUGAUGGGGCUGGGUGAACUGACAAACUUCGUCGCGUACAUAUUUGCUCCCGCUAUUUUGGUGACGCCGCUGGGAGUAUUUUCCAUCGUCUGCACAGCAGCUCUGUCUCCAUAUUUUCUGAAAGAAAGGCUCGCAAUGCUAGGAAAGCUGGGCUGCGUCCUGGUGCUUGUGGGUUGCGUCAUAGUGACGCUCUGUGGGCCAAAGGACCGCGAGAUUGCGACGAUGGAGGAACUUCAGUCACAACUUCUGCAUCCGGGGUUCUUGAUUUACGCCAGCCUGGUAGUGCUGAUUUCGGCAGUGUUCAUGGCUUUAGUUCCUCGCUAUGGCCAUAAAUAUGUUCUUUUGUAUAUCACUAUAUGCUCGUCCUUCGGAUCCCUUUCCGUCAUGUUCUGCAAAGGGGUUGGCCUAGCUCUUAAGCAGACCAUUGGUGGAGAAAACGAAUUCACCAACUGGGCUACUUGGGUAUGCCUUGUUGCUCUGAUAGCUUGUUUGCUGAUUGAAACUAUUUACAUGCAGAGGGCUCUGGACCUCUUCAAUAGUUCUGUUUUCAUGUCCAUCAAUUAUGUGUUGUUCACAUCUUUAGUCAUAGUGGCUUCCUCAAUUCUGUAUACUGAACUGAAAGUCAUUGGCUGGAAAAACAUCGUUCUUACAUUACUUGGAUUCAUUGUAAACAUUGUUGCUCUUUUCAUGUUACAUUUAGACAAAGAGGAAAGCAAUAACAGUUCGGCAGUAGAUCCAGAGGAACCCCCUGCAGAAGUUCCGCAGCCUACUAAAGGACCUGUCUCAGGACUUGAACAGGGCUCACCAUUGUUAGGCCGAGCCCCGGCUUCUCCUCUCGCUGGAAUAAAUUUGCCUCACACAAUGUUCCCUGGAAAGACCAAUUCCUGCAAGUCUCUCAUUAGCCAGACUUCGAUACCCAACCAUACCACAAGGGAAAACCAUCGGAACUCAUGUGAUCAUAACCAGGAUAAUGAAAGUCAUCACAGCAAUUCUUCUCAUGACAGUAGCAGUAGCAGCAGCAACAGUAGCGGAAGCAGCAGCAGCGUAGCAGGGCGUAGCAGUAGUGACUCUCUUAAGGAGCGGCGACAUAGUCAAGCUUGUGAAGAAAGCCGUGGCCACUGCAGAUCAUCUUCAGGGUGCAUGUGCGAAGUUCCGCUGCUGAAUGAACUUCACUCCUCCAGUUCAAAGUUUUCAGUACAAUUUGGACCCCAAAGAAAUGGCCGUAAAAGUGGCAGGAGUAACAAGAAAUCCAAAAAGGGCGACAUGGAUAUUGAUGUGGAAGAUGUCUCUCAGGAUACCGAUACUCAUCACCUUUAAAAAUCCUUUUGAUUUGGACAGAAGAAUCCCUUUCCUUUCCUUGUGUGCCAUAUUGACGGCUGUUUAGUACAGUGACUGCUACAACUAAUUUUUUUAAUAUCUUGAAGUAAUUUACGUUAAGAUGAUUAAUACAGGUCUGUAUAGGUACUAUAACAGAGUGCUGUCAUAUACCAUUACUUUCCUACACAUGUACGAGUACUGAACGGCAUAUGUCUUUACACUUACAUAAUAUGUGUAUAUGUCCUAAAGGGAAUGAUUUUUAAAGAGUAAAGCUCUGCAGAGAUAUGGAGAUAAUUAAUUCUAAGAGAUGAGAAUGAGAUUGUACAUAUGAAGUGCUUCACUUUGUUCAGUGUACGUCAACGCAUCAAGCAUUCCUGUUGAUUCCUAAUGUAUAGAGUUUUAUGAUCUUGUAAAUAUUGUAAAUAGAUGUGUAACUGUUUCUAAAGUGACGUGAGACUUACAGACAUUUCUUGCUACCCACUUGGGCGCAUUCUUUUAUCGCGGUGUCAGAAAAAGUGGACAUUUAAUGGCACUGCAUAAAUGGAGGAGAUUCAAGUUACCAAGGAAACUGCCAAGAAACCAUUGGAUCUGGAUGGUGGUAGACCCUAUUCACAUGCGCUUGCUCGCUGAAUGACAAGAGCAUCGUUCUAGAUGAUAUUUGAAAGAGUUUACAGUAUCAUAGGUUUUCUGGGUUAGGUCGUGGCUUCCCAAAACGUUACCCGAAGAGGAGAAACAUUGUAUAUGUAUA